UUUUGAAGCAGAAGCUUACAGUGAAGAAUGACAUACUUUCUGGUAUGCGAAGGCCACCAUAGUUCCCUCAACUUGAGGCAAGGAUGGAGGGGCCUCACCACAUAAUGACAGACCUUCUGUAUAUUAAAGGACCCUGCCCAUGCGUCCUCUCCCGGGCCACCUCCCUCUCCAUGGGCCUUUAUAAGCCUGUCGUACAUUGGCGGUGCCACUAAUUUCUAUCGAGGGACCAUACACUCGUGUCUACGGGACCUGUCGCUUUGCAAAGUCGUCAACUCAUCCUCAGCAGGAAGACACCUGAUCAAAAAAUAGCCAUGGACAACCAUUCGUACAACUUCCCCUCCGACUGCACCCCGCUCACUAACUGCAAAUCUGCCCGUAAACCGGGUGGAUCCACCGUGGUGAACAUGGGCAACGCUGGCAAGAAUCCUCCACGGGACUAUCUGGUGUGGUCACUGUGCAACACACUGUAUGUUAACUUCUGCUGCCUGGGAUUCAUGGCUCUUAUCUACUCCAUCAAGGCCAGGGACCAGAAAACUCAGGGUAACCUGCAGCUGGCCCAGGAGUGUUCCGACAAGGCGAAGUGGUAUAACAUCCUGGCAGCCGGGUGGAACAUGCUGAUUCCACUGCUGGUCGUCGUUCUUCUCGUCCUCCUGCUCGUCCACUUGGGCUCAUCCCAGGGCUCUUUCGACUUCCUCGGCGAGGACGGCUUUCAAAACUUCAUGAAACUUUUCAGCUGGUAGAAAAAUAACAACCCCCAACCCCACCGCACAUCUAGUCUCAAAGUUAACCCAUUCACACUCACCGUCAGGGAAGGGCAUUUGAUGAGAUUCAGCAGAUAAGGUGUGAGUCUGAGUGCUCCUUUCCUGUAUGAAAUUCAGAGCCUGUCCUGAUUUGCUCAGCAUUAAAAUGAUCCUUAUCGGUAAAAGGAAACUAAACUUGAAUUGUCUAUGGUCAAAAAAUGACCAAUAAUGACGGUCUUAUUAGAUAUCAAAGGCUCAAAGUAACAGGGGAUUUAACCUGUAUUUGAGUUUUCCCAAAAAUUGAAAAAAAAUGACCUCAAAUGAAUAAUGUAACUUAACGUUUUAUGGGGGGAAAAAACAAUUAACAGCUUUAUACUUUAUUAUUAUUAUUAUUAUCAUUCAUAAUUUGUAUAGUGAGGGGGGGGAAAGCAAAAACAUCAGUAUCACUGCAUCAUCCCACAUUAUCGUGUCAGUAUUAAAAGCUUUCACCUGUCGGUCUGGACAGUUGAGGUGUGAAGUGAAAGUUGGUGAAAGAACGAAGAUAAAAGAAAGGGAGUAAAGAAAGGAAGAGUGGGAGCUGAGGCUAAGACAGCGACGAUGCAGUUACUUUGGUCAAAUGCCUUGUUAUUUAUUGUAUUUAUGAUCACCGGAGAUUUUGAUGACAGCUGGAAUUUCCUCGAGUCCGCAGAGAUAGAGGAAAGAAGAGAGGACCGCGCAGCAAAAGUCUGAAUACCGCAACGAUCAGAAGCCACUUUACAAAAGGACAAUCAACAUUCACCUCUCAUUGAUAGUCCUUCACUUUUUUUUUCUUUCAUCAACUUUUAAAAUUUGUAUUACUGUUACAACAUUAGUUACAUCUAUAUUAUGUCGUUAUUUGUGUAUUUCUAUCAGUAUUGUUGUUGUUUUAGUGUAGAUUCUACAUCAUUUUCAUGCCUAAAUAAACCAGAUACUGUGAACGCAGUACUGAAAAACAA